AUGAUCUUUGAUGUUGAUGCUUUCAAGCACAAAUUAAACUCUAAGUUCAAGCUUAAAGAUCUUGGACCAUUACAUUUUUUUCUUGGCCUUGAAAUAGGUCGGGCUUCUAAUGGUAUUUCUGUCUCUCAAAGACCCUUUGUUCUGCAAUUAUUGCAUGAAACAGGUUUUUUAGGUGCCAAACCUUCUUCAACUCCUACGAAACUUAAUAUUAAGUUGAACAAAGAUGAUGGAGAGUUACUAACCAAUCCUACUUCAUACAAGAGUUUAAUUGGUAAAUCGAUUAAUCUAACCAUUACAAGACCAGCUAUUUCUUUUGCUGUGAACUGUGUGAACAGGUUAAGCCAAUUUUUACAAGAGCCUAGACAACCUCAUUAUAAGGCUGCUCAAAAACUCCUCGAAUACCUCAAAGGCAAUCCUGCUCAAGGCCUAUUUUUUCACUCAGCUACAUGUUCACUAUCCAACAAUGUUGCUGCCCUACAUCUUUCAGCAUCAAAUUUUCAGCUCAAAGCCUUUUCAGAUGUCGAUUGGGCCACUUGUCUGGAUACAAGACGUUCUAUCACCGGCUACUACAUUUAUUUGGGCAAAUCUCUUGUAUCUUGGAAAUCUAAAAAGCAAACCACAGUUUCAAGGUCUUUUGCAGAGGCUGAAUACCGUGCUAUGGCCAACACAACUUGUAAACUACUAUGGUUACUUGCUUUGUUAAAGGAUUUCAGGAUUCAACAUACACAAACAACCGUCAUGUACCGUGACAAACACCGCUGCCUUGCAUAUCUCAGAGAACUCCGUCUUUUAUGA